AUGAGCACGUCGACCCUUACUGUGGAUACACCAAUUAGUACAUCUUUCAUGGAAUGGAGGUACACCACCCUACAAUACAAGUAUCAUAUCAUCGUCAGAUUUCCUCCGCAAGAAACAACGAGUUUGGCCUGGAUUGCUGACAUAUUGCAUGGCGCGGAACUGAGGAUACAAGUGACAGACCGUGGAGGAAAUACGAACACGUCAGAUGAAUUCAUCAUGGGCCAGUCGAGCAACUCGAGUACCAUAUGCGCCAACAUCGCAACCGUAACCGCCAGUGCGCCCUCCGACCAUACAAUCUCGAGUUCCGAUCCAAGUUCCAGUUCUCCUUCAAGCUCGAAACACGAAACACGUUUGACCAACGGGAUCAUAGGAAGCAUCGCCGCAUUGUGCGCACUUAUCCUGAUUCUCAGCAUCCUUCUCGUGCGAAGAGUCAUCCGACGGAAAUACUCAUCAGCUAAUGACUCUGCGACGUCUCUGGAGAAUCGCAUCGAGGUGUUCACAGCCCAAGACGUAGAGUUCGACUCGCCUCAACAUCUCAUAGAGAAAUCCCCGACUCAGAAAGCCUCCUCAAGCGAAGUAGUAACAUUUCCUGUCACAUCACCUACGUCCCCUAUCGUGGAAAUCGCACAACCUCCUCCUGCGAACAUUUCCACUACUAUAAUGCAGGGAUAUCCACCGGGGGAAGACUAUGGACUUGGAAGUCCAGUCCUUGAGGAUAUUCAGAGGAGAUUGAGACAGAUUGAGGCGGAGAUUAGAUUAACACCCCCUAGCUAUUGCACGAUCAAGCAACAGAGAGAUUCUCCUUGGCGGUGGGUGAAAAGUCAGCUCAGCAUCUAUAUCUUGAUUGGAUGGUCGGGUUUCUGGUUGGAAUGGUCUGACGGACCUUCUGCGAUGAGCGCGUCACCCCUUACCGUCGACACACCGGUAAAUGUCACAGUCUGCGAAUCUGUACAGCUUUCAUGGAAGGGGGGAAAGCCAUCCUAUAACAUAAGCAUCCUUUCAUCGCCAGGCGGGGACCUUCUCCGAAUAUUUUCUCUUCAAAAAGGAACGAGCUGUGACUGGACCGCCGAUAUCUCCAAUGAAACAGCCCUAGUACUACAAGUGACAGAUCAAUAUUAUAAGACGAAGCUAUCGAAUCAGUUCACCGUGAACCAGUCUAGUCUUGCGGACACGUCAUGCAUUAACACCGCGUCCGGCGUCGUCAGCGAACUCUCCACCUAUAUCGUCCUCAAUUUGCCGUCCUCGCCGGAAUCCGUGCACAGAUCUUCACCUAUCGCAUCGACACUCCACAGCACUACUUCCGUCGUGGCUACCAGUACCCCGGAUGGUGGACUGUCCGAGUCUACAUCUCACUCAAUAACAUCAACUACGUCUACCAGCCAAUAUCUGAGCCCCGGCCCAAGCGGCGAUUCCACAUCGUCACUGUCUACACACUCGAACUCUGGCCUAUCCAAAGGCACCAUCGGCGCCAUCACAGUAGCACUCAUCACAUUGGUCACCCUCAUCAUCGCUAUAGUCCUCGUGCGGCGUGCUCGCAGACGCAAGUCCAUCCACGACGCUUCGGUUUCAUCAUGGCCUCCCGAAGUCUACAUAGAGACGUUCACCGCACAGGACUCAGAUCUUAUCUCCUCCACAGACGGCCUUACCAAGGCUACAACGCGCGACGGCGCACAGACGUCUACUGCAGGCUCUGUGUCUGAUGCAUUGUCUCCUACCGUUGAGAAGGCCCCGGCAGCAAGUGCGCUUCAGAAGUCGGUGGUUGGCGAUAUUCGGUGGUGA